GGGCCCGCCAGCCGCGCGUGCAGCUCUGACCGAGCGCGAGCCCAAGCCCGAGCCCGAGCCCGGGAGCGCCGAGCGCGGCUGCGGAACCCUCUUGUUCAUGGAGCUGGUGUCCACCAUGGCUGAGCCCCGGGGCCCUGUAGACCAUGGAGUCCAGAUUCGCUUCAUCACAGAGCCAGCGGGUGAUGCAGAGAUGGGCACCCUACGUCGUGGUGGGCGACGUCCAGCUAAGGAUGCGAGAGCUAGUACCUAUGGGGUUGCCGUGCGUGUGCAGGGCAUUGCUGGGCAGCCCUUUGUGGUGCUCAACAGUGGGGAGCAAGGCAGUGACUCCUUUGGAGUCCAGAUCAAGGGGGCUCAUGAGAGAGGGGUUCUGGGCGCUCUGAGCUCUGACUUGGAACUCCCUGAGCGCUCCUGCUCUCAGGCCACAGAAUUUCCUGCAUGCUCACAGGGCAGCCUGUCUGAUGACGAGCCCGGGGCCCACUGGAAUGGAAGGCUCCUCCGGUCCCGGUCCCAGGCUUCCCUGACAGGCCCUGCCUCCCUGAGUCCAAGCACCAGGAGCACCAGCCUGCUGGAGCUGGCCCCACAAGGAGCCGCAGCAGGGAGCACCAUCGACACCGCUCCCCUGUCUUCUGUGGACUCUCUCAUCAACAAGUUUGACAGUCGUCACGGUGGGCAGAGCCGGGGCCGGACUGGCCGGCGCACGCGGACAUUGGCCCCCGAGCAGCGCAAGCGGAGCCAAAGCCUGGACAACCGGCUCCCACGGGACACCCUUGAGGAACGGGAGCGUCGGUCCCCCAGCCGCUGGGCCCCUAGCACAAGGCACGACGGCCACGUGGGCAGCUCCAAACAGUCUGUCCAGAGCCAGAGCCCUCCUGGGGGCUUUAGCCGUUCCCGUCAGACCCAGGACUGGCUUCUUCAGAGUUCGGAGGAGCUGCAGGGGAGAGCCCAGGACCCUGGCAUGCUGCAGUUCAAAUCGACACCAGACCUGCUCCGAGACCAGCAGGAGGCUGCCCCACCAGGCAGUGUGGACCAUGUGAAGGCCACCAUCUACAGCAUCCUGAGGGAGGGGAGCUCAGAGAGCGAGACCUCUGUGAAGAGGAAGGUCAGCUUGGUGCUGGAACAGAUGCAGCCUCUGGUGAUGACUUCGGGUUCUGCUAAGACCCUGGCCGGGCAGGGGGAGCUCGCCCGAAAAGUGGAGGAGCUGCAGCAAAAGCUGGAUGAAGAGGUGAAGAAGCAGCAGAAGCGAGAGCCAUCCCAGGUCGGGCUGGAGCGGCAGCUGGAGGAGAAGACAGAAGAGUGCAGCCGACUACAGGAGCUGCUGGAGAGGAGGAAGGGGGAGGCCCAGCAGAGCACCAAAGAGCUCCAGAACAUGAAGCUCCUUGUGGACCAGGGUGAAAGGGAACGACACAGGCUGGAGACCCAAGUGAUGGAGCUGCAGGACAAGCUGAAACGGGCCCAGGGGCCUGAGUCUGCUAAGGAGGCGGUGAUGAAGGACCUGUUAGAGACCCGGGAGCUUCUAGAAGAGGUCUUGGAGGGGAAGCAGCGGGUAGAGGAGCAGCUGCGACUGCGGGAGCGGGAGCUGACAGCCCUGAAGGGGGCCCUGAAGGAGGAGGUGGCCUCCCGCGACCAGGAGGUGGAACAGGUCCGGCAGCAGUACCAGCAUGACGCAGAGCAGCUCCGCCGGAGUGUGCAGGAGGCAACCCAGGACCAUGCUGCAUUAGAGGCUGAAAGGCAGAAGAUGUCAACCCUCGUGCGGGAGCUGCAGAGAGAGCUGGAGGAGACCUCAGAGGAGACAGGGCAUUGGCAAAGCAUGUUCCAGAAGAAUAAGGAGGAGCUUAGAGCCACCAAGCAGGAACUCCUGCAGCUGCGGAUGGAGAAGGAGGAGAUGGAAGAGGAGCUCGGGGAAAAGGUGGAGGUCUUGCAAAGGGAAUUAGGGCAGGCCCGAGCUGGUGCCGUGGAUACUCGCCAAAUGGAGGAGCUCAAGAAGGAGCUGCGCCGGACACAGCAGGAACUUACAGAGCUGAAGGAGGAGCAGCAAAGCCAGCAGGUUGCCGGGCGCCACCGGGAGCGGGAGUUGGAGAAGCAGCUUCGGGCAGAGGCCGACCGAGGCCGGGGGCUGGAACAGCAGAACCUCCAGCUACAAAAGACGCUGCAGCAGCUGAGACAGGACUGUGAAGAGGCUUCUAAGGCUCAGAUGGCGGCGGAGGCAGAGGUGGCGGUGCUGGGGCAGCGGCGGGCCGCCGUGGAAACAACACUUCGGGAGACCCAGGAGGAAAACGACGACUUCCGGCGGCGCAUCCUGGGUCUGGAGCAGCAGCUGAAGGAGGCCCGAGGCCUGGCGGAGGGCGGGGAAGUGGCGGAGGCGAGGCUGCGGGACAGGGUGCAGCGGCUGGAGGCAGAGAAAAAGCGGCUUGAGGAGGCCCUGAACACAGCUCAGGAAGAGGAGGGGAGCCUGGCAGCUGCCAAGCGGGCACUGGAGGCCCGCCUGGAGGAGGCCCAGCGAGGGCUGGCCCGCCUGGCACAGGAGCAGCAGGCACUGAACCGGGCCUUGGAGGAGGAAGCAAAGCAGCGGGAGGCGCUCCGGAGGGGCAAGGCCGAGCUGGAGGAGCAGAAGCGGCUGCUGGAUAAGACUGUGUGCCAGCUGAACAAGGAGCUGGAGCAGAUCGGGAAUGACUCGAAGCAGGCCCUGCAGCAGCUCCAGGCCCAGCUGGAGGAUUAUAAGGAGAAGGCCCGGCGGGAGGUGGCAGACGCCCAGCGCCAGGCCAAGGAGUGGGCCAGUGAGGCCGAGAAGAGCUCUGGGGGGCUGAGCCGGCUUCAGGAUGAGACCCAGAGGCUGCGGCAGGCCCUGCAGGCGUCCCAGGCUGACCGAGACACGGCCCAGCUAGACAAAGAGCUGCUGGCCCAGAAAGUGCAGGGGCUGGAGCAAGAGGCGGAGAACAAAAAGCGCUCCCGGGAUGACAGGACACGGCAACUCAAGGGCCUUGAGGAAAAGGUCUCGCGGCUGGAAGUGGAGUUGGAUGAGGAGAGGACCACCGUGGAGCUGCUGACAGAGCGUGUGAACCGUGGCCGGGACCAGGUGGACCAGCUGAGGACAGAGCUCAUGCAGGAGAGGUCAGCUCGGCAGGACCUGGAGUGUGACAAAAUCUCCCUGGAGAGACAGAACAAGGACUUGAAGAGCCGGUUGGCCAGCUCAGAAGGUUUCCAGAAGCCCAACGCCAGCCUCUCGCAGCUUGAGUCCCAGAAUCGAGAGUUGCAGGAGCGGCUACAAGCUGAAGAGAGGGAGAAGACAGCUUUGCAGUCCAACAACCGAAAACUGGAGCGGAGGGUUAAAGAGCUGUCCAUCCAGAUCGAUGAUGAGCGGCAGCAUGUCAAUGACCAGAAGGACCAGCUAAGCCUGAGGGUGAAGGCUUUGAAGCGGCAGGUAGAUGAAGCGGAAGAGGAGAUCGAGCGACUCGAUGGCCUAAGGAAGAAGGCCCAGCGUGAGCUGGAGGAGCAGCACGAGGUCAACGAGCAGCUCCAAGCCCGGAUCAAAGCCCUAGAGAAGGAUGCCUGGCGCAAAGCCUCCCGGUCAGCUGCUGAGUCAACCCAACACGAAGGGCUGAGCUCAGAUGAGGAAUUUGACAACGUUUACGACCCCUCCUCCAUCGCAUCAUUGCUUACGGAGAGCAACCUGCAGACCAGUUCCUGUUAGCGUGGGUCCACGAGGGAGCAGACACCACACUUGAGGCCUCCCUGGCCAUCCUGCUCUGCCCUGCCAAGCCUCAGAUUCCUCAUUCCUGGGGGGAGAAAGGGGGACACCCAAUUAUCCAACCCUAAGACUGGGAGGGGUGUGAGUGAUGGUGAUAAAAAAGGCGUUAGCACUAAGCUGUGGAUGGGCUUUCCCUUCCCUCUGGAGGAGGGGUUGUUUUAGGCCAACUGAGCCCUUCCCUUAAGUGCCGAUCCUUCCUCUUCUCCCUCAUAGCAAUAGGAUGGGCAGCAUAGAGGCUGAAGUGGAUUGAGCAGGAUAGGAAGGAACAGAUAUUGCCAUAUAUGUAAAGCUUUAUUUCUUAAGCCCUUAACCUUCAGGCUCAGGGAAAAAUACCCUUUGUGAUUCUGUUCCCUUGACUCCUGCAACAUGUUUCCCUCCAACUCUGGAGCAGGGUGGAAGGCACGUUCUGGAUAAUGUACAUACUAAUGUGGCUCUAUCCAGUUCUUGGAUGCUUCUCUUUGCACAGUUGUGGGACCCAUAUGGUAGUCCCCACCUCUCUCUGCUCCUAUGUAUUUUUGUCUUCCCUAAGCCAGUGGAUCCACGGGUCUGUUCUCCCUUCCCAUAUUCCCCAGUCCUACCUUCCUUCUUUCCUUUUGGUGCCUUAGCCAGGGUGAGGAGAGGAGCAUGCUCUCCUUGCCUUCUACACCUGCACAUUCAUACCUCUCCAAGGACCAUCCUUUCCCAAAACAGGGCCCUCAGACUUCUCUGCUGCCCCAGUGAAUGGUCUAGAGAGCUAUGGGGUCCUCUUCUGAUGAGCCCUGGGGGAGGAGGGACUUUGGAAGGCCAUGCUAAGGCACUGGGCUUGGUUCUGCUCAGGGUUUCCGUCCUUCCUCCUUUCCCUCUGUGACUCUGGAUAUGUUCAUAAGCGGGUGGCAUCUGGGAACCCUAUUAACUGCCUACACGAGUUUGAAAAGCAAAGGUCUUCCUUGGGGUUUCUCUGACCCAGAUGUGGCCAACCUUAGUAGGGAACCAAGGGACCCUCAUUAUCUCAGGAGCUUGAACCUGAUACAGGGCUUCCUGCCCAGGGCUAAAGACUGACUCUUGGUAGAAAUGGGAAGAGGCAGUGGAGGAUUUAUUCCUCCCUUGGGUUUUGGGGAGAGCCCAGCCCCUGGUGAGGAAUAGGUAAGGGAGAUGAUUCACCUCUCUUAUUUCCUAAGCAGGCUCUGUAAGGAGCCUGGGGGAGGGAGAAGGCUGUUUUCACCAAUGACUUGUAAUUUCAUGAUUAAAAAAAAAUCCUCUAUUCUGCAAAUUA